AAAGCAAGACAAAGCCAUUGCAAACCUCGCAUUUUCAAAGUGAAGGAAGCUUCCAAUAUAUUACAUGGAUACAUCGAUAAAGAAGAAGAACUCUCUAAGGAGAGGAGUCAGGAAUUAUUGAAAAACGUAGAGCCCUUGAUUUACGGUGGGACACCUUUCUAUCAAGCAAUUAGGGAGGCGAAGGAACUCUUUAAGGAUAAUGUUCCUGACUAUUCUGAACACAAAAAGCUGUUGUUCAUCCUGUCAGAUGGAGAGCCCACAGAUGGCUACAGUGUCAGUAGUGACAGAAUACCCUCCGCCAUCUCAACAAUGGCUGGUGCAGGUGUGACCAUCGUGGGCUGCUACAUUACAUCCCAAGAGAUUGAACCCAAACAACUGUACAGCGAAAAGAAAAAAAAAUGGGACGAAUGUGCAAAGUUCAUGUUCUCACUGAGCUCCAAAUUGGCCACGCAGUCAAUACCACGCACCAUGUUUGUUAAACGUGACUGGUCCAUUGAGGUUACCAACAAUGAAACACGUUUGUUCUUGCAAGUCAAUCAUCCCGACCACCUGCGAGAGGCUUGCGACCUGGCUCGAGAUGUCGUCAGUUCUCACGAAGCCUUAUCCGAUUUACUUGCAACCGUCCACCUCGAUGUCUACAUAAACCAAUCAGUGAGUGACUACGAAGCACAAGAAAAGCAAGAAGGGCAGACCUGCUAUGCACAUGCAUCUGCUACAGUGCUUCAUUUGGCCAUGACGAGAAUUCAUGGUCGCGAAGGUGGUAUUCCAACUUUUGACGACUUGAAAACUAAAAUGAUCAGCCGUUUUGGAAUAAAAGCGACCAGUAUCGGAACAGUUCUGGAAGAAAUGUGCAAGAGGUACCGUUUGCGUUACAAGGAAGUUGACCUCGGGGGUGCCAUGGAAGCAGUCGCUUCAAGCCGACCAGUUCUUGCAACAUUUAAGCUUACCUUGGAUGAGUGGGGUAGGUUUAAAGAGUUCUUCCAAACUAACAGAAACGGUAUUUUGACGAAGAAAGAGAUCGAUAUAUCAGCCCGUCCUCCAAAUAUCCCAAAAAGGUUUGGCCAUGCAGUAGUUUUAACCAGUUUCAACUGCAAAUAUUUGCGACUGUUGGACUCCAAGGGACCCGACUGGGCAGACAACGGCUUUUUCAAAGCGCAGAACGCAGAGGUCCUUGGAUUUAAGUUCUAUGAUGUUUACUGGGAAAUAGACAACCUGGACGAAAGAGAAAAAAACUCUUUCAAGAAACUUGGAUCCGAGCGUGCCACAUGGUUAAGGGAAACUUUGCCAAGUCUUCAGCGAGAUGAUUACUCCGUGACAUGUCCCAGAUGCCGGCUGGAUUCACCGGUCAAGGAUUUUACUGGAAAUUUGCUGCGAGCAAAGUGCCCUAGAUGCGAUGAAGAAUUUGACCUAAAAGAUGCCCCCAAAGGGAACAUUUUGACUCUCAAUAUAUACCUUACUUCUUUAAGCAUUUAAGUUCAUUUUAACCAUGAACUUCACGCUAAGUCAAGAAUAUUUAGCCCUCAUUGAGCAAGGAGUAGACGAUCUCCUCCAGGGCAGAAUUAUGGAUUGUAAGGCAAAGAAACAAAAUCAUUUGAGAAUUCAGAUUAUCGACAAGUGUCAUCCUAGAAGAAAGAUGUCAUUAGUUUUAUCACAAAAGUAGAACCACAACAUUUCGAGAACCCCCCGAGGGAUCGGGCCCAAGACUUUCGUAUUUCGCAGUAGUUAAUUACACGUAUACUCUCUUUUAAUAUUUGUUUAAA